AUGGCUGCGCACAAUGAUGCCAAAGAAGCUCGAGUUGAAGAAGAGUUCUUGAAGAUUCGCAGGACCAAUUACAAGUUCUUUUGCCGUGGCCUUUGUCAUGUAGAUUUUGUCUUGAGCCUGUUUUUUGGCUACAAGGUCUUCGAAGCUCCUGGUCUUGACAGCAUGGCUCUAUUUGUCAUGUGCAUCAUCUCCUAUGUGCACUACUCCACGGUUUCCAAGGAUUCCGUGCACCUUACCGCUUGUCAGCUCAAAGUUGCAAGCUACCUACUGCACGUUUUGUGCAUGGGAGGGAUUCUAGCGGCAGCUUUCCCUGGGAAUGCCAGCAAUGUGGCAAUGAACCAAGGAUUUGCGAUCACAUUUCGUUUCUGCCUCGUUUUUGCCUUUCUGGAUCCGUGGAUGACUAUUCCUUUUCAAGUGUUGUAUACAACUUUGGAGCUGCUGAUUUAUUUCUGUGUGCUCGCUCCCGGAGUUGAAGUGAUGCAGCUGUGCUGUGCGCAACUCUUCUUGUUUCUCCUCGUGACCGUGUCUUCGGUGCUCAUGGAUGUCGCGCUUCGAGGACAGAUCGAUGCACUCCUGGAUACAGCUGAUGCUGACUCCUUGAUCUCCAGCUUCCGGAGCAUGUUACGCGGGGUCUGCGAUGGCGAGGUGCUGCUGGACAGCGGAAUGAAUGUGGCUCGAGAGAGCGAAUGCUUGCAACAUUUGAUUUUAUCGGAUGUAAGCCUUGUGGGCCGAUCCUUUGAACGGCUGAUUGUUGCCGAGGAGCGCACACGUUUCAAGACCUUCAUCGAGUCUUCGACCGUCAGCGGCGAAUCCACGAAGUGUUCAGCUCCUCCUGUAUGCUUGCGGAUUUCGUUGAAUGCAGCUGCAAACAUCAGAGUUGGUGCAGAUCUUUACCAUGUGCCUGUUCCAGGGCUCUUUGGUGCCAGCGAACCUUAUCACCUGAUCGCUUUUAAGGAGGAUCCUGACUCGCGGCCACCACCUGAAGCCUUGGAGAAUGCUGUGCCCCAGGAGCUGUUGACCACGCAGCGCGAAGCCGGCGCGGAAGCCGGCGCGAGGCGCGGCUCCGCUCCAUGCCCUGGGUUUUCCAGCUCCACAGCAAGCACUGGUGGUUCUGGCCUUGAGCUUUGUAAAGAGCUGCAGCAGAUGACCCUGCUGGUCGAUGUCGACACGGACUUUCAGGAUGUGCAGAAGGCCCACUUGACCUUCCAACGGACCGAGAACGAGACGGAGGAGAUGGGACCGGGGACCCGAUGGGGAGAAGAGUCAUGGAUCUCUGACUGUGACUAA